AUGGAGGGGGUCGAGCAGAAACCCGUGUCAUAUACCGACAAUGCCAUCCGCGCCAUGCAGAACAAGAAAGCCGUGCCGGAGAUUGACUUCACGCUGCAUACGAUGGAGGAUGGGACGACGGUGAGCACGCAGGAGAGGGUGUGUAAAGACGUACAAGCACCCGCCUUCAACACCCCGACCGAAGAACAGCUCGUCUCACCAACCGACCGAUCGAAGCCGAACUUGCAAUUCCUCAAGCAGCAUUUAUACAGAGAAGGACGCUUGACCGAAGAGCAGGCGCUAUGGAUCAUCCGCGGUGGUGCAGAGGUCUUGCGCUCAGAGCCCAAUCUGCUGGAGAUGGACGCCCCAAUCACAGUCUGCGGAGAUAUCCACGGCCAAUACUUUGACCUCAUGAAGCUGUUCGAGGUCGGUGGCGACCCGGCAGAGACCCGAUACCUCUUCCUUGGCGAUUAUGUCGACCGCGGAUACUUCUCCAUCGAUUGUGUGCUUUACCUGUGGGCCCUCAAGAUGUGGUACCCAAACACUUUGUGGCUUCUACGAGGCAAUCACGAGUGUCGCCACUUGACAGACUACUUCACCUUCCGACUGGAGUGCAAGCACAAGUAUAGCGAACGAGUGUACGAGGCAUGUAUAGAGGCUUUCUGCUGUUUGCCUUUGGCUGCCGUCAUGAACAAACAGUUCCUCUGCAUCCACGGUGGGUUGAGCCCUGAGCUGCACACUCUUGAGGACAUCAAGGCGCUAGACCGCUUCCGGGAACCACCAACCCACGGCUUGAUGUGCGAUAUCCUUUGGGCAGAUCCACUGGAGGAGUUCGGACAGGAGAAGACUCAGGAAUUCUUUAUCCACAACCACGUCCGGGGCUGCUCCUACUUCUUCUCCUACCCCGCCGCCUGCGCUUUCCUGGAGAAGAACAACUUGCUGUCCAUCAUCCGCGCCCACGAAGCCCAAGAUGCAGGUUACAGAAUGUACCGCAAGACCCGCACCACCGGCUUCCCCUCAGUGAUGACCAUCUUCUCCGCCCCCAACUACCUCGACGUCUACAACAACAAAGCCGCAGUCCUCAAGUAUGAAAACAACGUAAUGAACAUCCGCCAGUUCAACUGCACGCCCCACCCCUACUGGCUCCCCAACUUCAUGGACGUCUUCACCUGGUCCCUGCCCUUCGUCGGCGAGAAGAUCACAGACAUGCUGAUCGCCAUUCUCAACACCUGCAGCAAAGAAGAACUCGAAGAUGAAACCCCAUCCUCCUCCGGCCCGGCCUCACCCCCCUUAGUCCAAGGAGGAGCAGGAGGAGCAGCAGCAGCAGAACCCAACAUGGACCCCGAAAGCACCGAAUUCAAGCGCCGCGCCAUCAAGAACAAGAUCCUGGCCAUCGGCCGCUUAUCCCGCGUCUUCCAAGUCCUGCGCGAGGAAUCCGAACGCGUGACCGAAUUGAAAACUGCGUCGGGCGGGCGUUUGCCAGCAGGGACGCUGAUGUUGGGCGCCGAGGGGAUUAAAGCCGCGAUUACGAAUUUUGAGGAUGCGCGCAAGGUGGAUUUGCAGAAUGAGAGGUUGCCGCCUAGUCAUGAGGAGGUGAGGCGGAGUUCGGAUGCGGCGAGGGAUGAGGCGUUUAAGCGGGCGAGUAGGGAGGCGGAGGGGGAUGAAAGGUUGGCGGGGGUUGCUCGGAGGAUAUCGAUGUCUUCUGGAUCUGGACGGAGCAGGAAGGGCUGA